UCUGCUCUCUGUUAUAUGCAUCACUCAUCACUCUUCACUUAUUACUCAUCACUAGCUAAGAUGGCUUCCUCCUUAUCUUUUCUAGUGCUGCUCUUUGGAGCUCUGAUCCUAAGCCCACAAGGGUUUGCUAGGGUUCCUGCAGUACCUGUUCAUGAGUCACCAAAUGACACACCAUCACCUGUUUUUAAAUCUCCAAACAACUCCCCAUCACCUGUUUUUGAAUCACCAAACAAGACACCAUCACCUCUUUUCAAGUCUCCAAGUAACUCACCAUCACCUACUUUCAAGUCUCCAAACAACUCACCAUUGAAAAAGGCACCUAUUUUUGAGUCGCCAAACAAGACACCAUCACCUGUUUUUGAGUCACCAAACAAGACACCAUCACCUGUUUUCAAGUCUCCAAACAAUUCGCCAUCACCUGUUUUCGAAUCUCCAAACAAGACACCAUCACCUAUUUAUGAAUCACCAAACAAUUCACCAUCACCUGUUUUUGAGUCACCAAACAAGACACCAUCACCUGUUUUCAAAUCUCCAAGCAACUCACCAUCACCUACUUUUAAGUCUCCAAACAACUCACCAUUGAACAAGGCACCUGUUUUUGAGUCACCAGACAACUCACCAUCACCUGUUUUCAAAUCUCCAAGCAACUCACCAUCACCUACUUUCAAGUCUCCAAACAACUCACCAUUGAACAAGGCACCUAUUUUUGAGUCGCCAAACAAGACACCGUCACCUGUUUUUGAGUCACCAAACAAAACACCAUCACCUGUUUUCAAAUCUCCAAGCAACUCGCCGUCACCUGCUUUCAAGUCUCCAAACAACUCACCAUUCAACAAGGCACCGAUUUUUGAGUCUCCAAACAAGACACCAUCACCUGUUUUUGAGUCUCCAAACAAGACACCAUCACCUACUCUUAAGUCACCAAACAACUCGCCACUCAACAAAGCACCUAUUUAUGAGUCACCAAACAACUCACCAUUUAAGGCUCCUUAUGGCACUCCGAAUUAAAGCGAAUUGAAUGAACCACCAACAUAAUAAUAUGCAUGCAACAAGCUAGGCAUAUAUAACUCAACUAUAUAUAUGUACAUAUCUCAUAAUAAAUAAGUGGUCUCUCCAGUUUCGUCCUUAUCUAUUGCAUGCAUGCAUGCUUAGUUUUCUUCUCGUAUGUUAUUCUUGGUUACUUCAUUUCAAUUCUCUCUACAAUUCUGUGGCCAAGAACACAUAAGCAUCUCUCUCUCUCUCUCUCUAUAGACGUAAGGUCAGUGAAGUUAAGGAGUAAAAUAUGGUGCUUUGUGUACUCCUAAUUUAUUAUAAAUAAAAUGAUUAUGUUGA